AGGUUUGGCUGAGAAGGCAAAUGGGCUUGGUCGGGGAGUGAGCGGCAGUGUUGCCUGGACUGGAGCGAGCGGCCGUUGCCCGGCGAGAGCCCCCUCCACUCCUCGCUUCUCCGGCUCCCAUUCCCCGGAGCGGCCGCGGAUGAAGAUGGAACCUUAGCAACUGGGACCAUGUCGGAAGCGACUCGAAGCCUUCUGCAGCGCUGGGGCGCCAGCUUCAGAAAAGGGACCGACUUCGACUCCUGGGGGCAGCUGGUGGAGGCGAUUGACGAGUAUCAGAUAUUAGCAAGACAUCUACAGAAAGAGGCAGUGUCUCAACCCAACAAUUCAGAAUUCACAGAAGAUCAAAAGAAAACUUUAGCUAAGAUUGCAACAUGCUUGGAACUCAGGAGUGCAGCUUUGCAGUCUACACAGUCCCAGGAAGAAUUUAAGCUGGAGGAUCUGAAGAAACUAGAACCAAUCUUAAAAAGUAUUCUUACCUAUAAUAAAGAAUUUCCCUUUGAUGUUCAGCCUGUUCCACCAAG